GCGGCGGCGGCGGCGGCUGCCUACUCUCGUCCCCUCCCUCGUCAAGGCACGAGGCGACAGGGGCUGCGAUGGGAGCGCGAGAUGACGAGCUGCAAGGAAGACACCAGGCGACGGGCGACCAUGGAGAGGGCGCGAGGCCAAGAUCCCGCGAGGGCUGAUGGGCAAGCAUCGCCGUGCAGCAGAUGUACUCCGUCCACCGACCAGUUUUCUUCCUUCCACGCGCCUGUCUAGAUCCACAACCACAUCAUAGUGAAGAGUGAAAGCGCAUUGGCUCGCUGCAAGCUGCAUCAACGCCAAGAUCUGAUUCCUUUGUAUUUGUUUGCCUGCAUCGAUAAUUGGAAAGCUGUUUGUUGGUCGUUGCGUGGCUACUGAUUUGAUUUUUUUUCUGAUAAGCUUGCUGAUUUGAUUUGAUCAAUUGGAAGUUUAGAGCUAGCGGAUUUGGUUUCUUCUUUAUUUGAUCAAAUCAAAAUCUGCAAUUUUUGUUGACGCACAUAUACUUAAAUUUCUCAUGGGAUGAUUCCCCACGGAUCCCCGACGGUGUCGGGGACGGGGAUGGAUUUUGCCCCGAUAUGCUACUCGGGGUCGGGGUCAGGGCGGGGAUUGAAGUUCAGGGCUCGGGGCGGGGACGGGCAGCAACCCCCCGCCCCGACCGGCCCCGUUGCCAUCCUGAGAGUUGUCUCGACCCGCAUCGACCAAUCACUCUCUCUCGGUGACGCGGCGAGUCGGAGACCAUGGACGAGGAGCGCACGACCUCGCAAGACGGCUGCAAGAGGGCGUUGUCAGUGGAGAAGCCAGCAGUGCCCGCGGCGCCGCCGCCGCCGCCUGUGCCGGCGUCGGGCGACGAUGCGUUCGACUUCGACCCCGCCGCCCCGUUCGACGCCGUCAUUCUUGCCCUGCCGUCGUCGUUCGGUGGCGGGCUGGAGGAAUACUCGGUUAUUCUUGGUGAUGAAGAGGAAGAGCUCGACGACGUGUACGACGACGACGACGACGACAUCGAACUUGAAGGGAACGACCAGCCGGUCAUCAGGUUCUGGAACGGCGAAGCGGCCGGGAGUCAUAACGACUUGGUGGCGCGGACUGUGACGUUCCUCGGUCAGCCGGCGCGGUUCGCCUCCUACCAGGACGAGGGCAUGGCCGCCUUCAUGCGCCUCGCCGCCGUAGAGGCACCGCCGCCGGCCGCCGGGGUGAUCAUCGUGCACUACCGCUACCACCGCUUCACGAGGCCCCGGAGCGGGGGGCGCGGCAUCGAGGCGCCCGAUUACGGGACGGACUUGCACCACGUCCGGUACCUCGUCCCGCUCCCCGCCGUCGUCGCCGACCCGGCGAGCUCGUUGCGCCUCGUCGACGCCUCGCUGGCCGGUGACGUCUACCCCUACCGCUCCCACGCGCAGCUCCAGGCCCUAUGGUCGGGCCUGCUCGCGGCGGCGCCGGUGCGCGUCCCGCCGCGGGCCACCGGCCUCGUGGUCACCGUCGACGUGGGGGUGCUCCGGAGCGGGGACCGCACGCCGGAGUGCAUGGAGUGCUUGCGCUCGGCGCUCGCGGAGAAAGCACGCGAGGCCGACGCGUCGCCCGUGGCCUGCGGCCACGAGCAGCACCUGCCGGCGCCGGUGCGCUGCGACGACGAGCCGGGCGAGGUUGCCGCCGCUCGGCCAGCGAAGCGGAGGAGGUUGGACGACGUCGUCGCGGGGGAGGUGUGCGCCAUCUGCCACGAGGUGCUCGAGCAGCAGGGCCUCGCGGCGUGGCCCCGGUGCUCCCACGUCUUCCACGGCAAGUGCUUGGAGCAGCUCCUUGCCACGGUGCGGCAUCGCUGCCCUAUGUGCAGGAGUACACUGUCACUCAAAGGCAUGUUUGAUUGAUUGAUUCAAAGCAUGAUGUGUUGCGUGCUGUAGCCGUAACAUCAUGCUCAAUUCUUCUAUGAAGCCAUAGGUGGAAGAUAGGUGAUGGUUGUAAGGUCAGAAUUUGGGAAUCUGGUUUAGAAUUGCUUCACUCGCAGUUCAAUUUUUUUAUAUCUCCUUCAUUUUUUUUUGAAAGAUUGAUAUGUCCUACAUUUGUGAUCCAAUUGA